CAGAGAGAGAGAGAGAGAGAGGAGGAGAGGCAGAAGAAGAAACAGUGCUCGCAGCACACACACACACACACCGUCACUCCUUUCCCCCUGACGCUCUUCUCCAGCGACUCUCCGGCUCUUGGAUGCCCCGCCGCCCGGCUCUGUGCCACCGUUAGCCGGCUUCAGCGCAGCCAUGUCCCGCAGAAAGCAGAGCAACCCGCGGCAGAUCAAGCGUCCCCUCGACGAUGGUUUGGAAGAGGAAGAGGAGGAAUGCGUGUCUGAGGGGAACGAGCUUGCGGCUAAAGAGGAGUUUUCAGCUGAGGAGAACUUCACGGCGGACUUUGAGACAGAGAACCUUGGCUGUGAGGACAUGGAGUACUUCUGCGCUAAAGGAGAAGAGACCAGCAACCGAGAGAUAGGAGAUACAGACAUAGAAGGACAAAAUGACAAGACCAGACCUCCUCCUCUGGAAACAGAAGAGUGGGACGGUCCAAGAGAACUUGACCUGCUGAACAAAGAUGGCGAGCGGCGAGUGCAGAGUCGUCAGCAGCUUCCCGUAGGGACCACAUGGGGGCCGUUUGAUGGCAAGAUCGAGAUGAGCACUGAUGGAACAAACCUGACGCAGUAA